UAAUUCACCAUGGAAGAAGAAGUAGCUGCCCUCGUUAUUGACAAUGGUUCCGGAAUGUGCAAGGCUGGCUUUGCUGGUGACGAUGCUCCUCGUGCCGUCUUCCCCUCCAUCGUUGGUCGUCCGCGCCACCAGGGUGUCAUGGUUGGUAUGGGACAGAAGGAUUCUUACGUCGGCGAUGAGGCUCAAUCCAAGCGUGGUAUCUUGACGCUCAAAUACCCCAUCGAGCACGGUAUCGUCACGAACUGGGAUGACAUGGAGAAGAUCUGGCAUCACACUUUCUACAACGAGCUUCGAGUAGCCCCGGAGGAGCACCCCGUCUUGCUUACCGAGGCUCCUCUGAACCCUAAAGCUAAUCGUGAAAAGAUGACUCAAAUCAUGUUUGAGACAUUCAAUGCACCCGCAUUCUAUGUUGCCAUUCAGGCUGUCUUGUCAUUGUACGCUUCCGGUCGUACCACCGGUAUCGUCAUGGACUCUGGUGACGGUGUCACCCACACUGUGCCUAUCUAUGAAGGUUUCGCCCUUCCACACGCCAUCCUCCGUCUCGAUCUUGCUGGUCGUGAUCUCACCGACUAUCUCAUCAAGAACUUGAUCGAGCGUGGUUACUCUUUCACGACGACUGCCGAACGUGAAAUCGUCCGUGACAUCAAGGAGAAGUUGUGCUACGUCGCUCUCGAUUUCGAACAAGAGAUGCAGACUGCCGCACAGUCAUCAGCUCUCGAGAAGAGCUACGAGCUUCCUGAUGGUCAGGUCAUCACCAUCGGUAAUGAGCGGUUCCGUGCACCUGAGGCUCUCUUCCAGCCCGCGUUCCUUGGUCUCGAAUCCGCAGGUAUCCAUGAGACGACGUACAACUCGAUCUUCAAGUGCGAUCUUGAUAUCCGUCGCGACUUGUAUGGCAACGUUGUGAUGUCGGGUGGUACUACCAUGUUCCCCGGUAUCGCUGAUCGUAUGCAGAAGGAGUUGACAUCGCUCUCACCGUCAAGCAUGAAGGUCAAGAUCGUCGCUCCCCCUGAGCGGAAAUACUCGGUCUGGAUCGGUGGUUCGAUCUUGGCUUCGCUGUCGACUUUCCAGAACCUGUGGUGUUCAAAGCAGGAGUACGACGAGUCCGGUCCUGGUAUCGUCCACCGCAAGUGCUUCUAAACAUGAUGAAAGAAGCAAUGAAAAGAAAUCGUGUUCUAGAAUGGCAAUGCUUUUGAUUUUCUACGACCUUGAGACGCACUCACAUACGCUAAGCCUGGAUGUUACAGUUUACUUUUACUCUUCAAGUUUGUCAUUAGUUUUCCGACACGUUUCCUUGAGUGGAUAUCACAAUCUAUGGCUUCUUGUCAGUCCAGCAUUAUCGCACGGCAUCACUUGGGUUGCACCGCGCACCUAUUACUACGUGAGACGCCUAUAAUAGGUCGAAAGGCAGGACCGGCUGUCGGGACCGCUAAGCCAUUUUCAGCGCUUGUAUUCUCAUCUUACCCAGAAUCUUACCAAAGACGCA